CAGUCUGAGUCUGUCUUCCAAGAGAUUUAAACAUGUGGGCAGAGAAUGAUUUGCACCCAGCUGUGCCCUGUCUUGAAAGCUACUCGGAGCCUUUGGCUGGUAAAACAUAUUUAAUGUAUCACGGGACCACUCGAAAUGCCUUGCAGCAGAUUAUCAAAUAUGGCUUUCAGCCAUCUGCAGACGGGAUGCUUGGACGUGGCGUUUAUCUCAGCCGGGAUCUUAACAAAGCCAGCAGAUACCCUAUUAACUGGCCUGUGCAUGAUAAGGUUGUUGUUAGAGUGCUUGUCGAUGUUGGAAGAGUAAAAAAAAUCGACCAUCAACGUCAUCCGAUGCAGAAAAUGUGGCACGAUCAUGGGUACGACACUGCCUGGUGCCCUCCAAACUGUGGCAUGGUGUCCAGCGGCCUUGAGGAAGAUUGUGUUUGGGAUCCACGUCGAAUUCAGAUCAUUGAUGUCAUUUAUCCAAAAGUGCAGCAUGCGGCGGCUUAUUAUUAAAAAAAGGGGGACAGUUGCUAGUAUACUGGUUCUUUACUGAAAAAGAGGCAAGAUUUGGGUCUUCUCAUCAACAUUAUACCCUUUCUGCACCUGUCCGAUAAUUGAUUCAAUGGUUUAGUCUGUAUACACUGAUAUUUUGACUGUUGACUUUUUAAAUAGUUUGAUGUGAUAUUUUUUCUGUAUAGGUAAAUUACAGAACUGUAAAAAAUGGCUGGGUUCCACACAAUUCCUUCAUGUUGUCUCAACACAAAUUGAUUAGGUUAACGUUACUGUUUUUACAAAUUUAAGUGGAUUAAACCGGGGUGGACCAGGUAUGGGGCCCUAGCACAUAAUCUCAAAAACACUCUCUCUCGCUCUUUCUCUCUCUCUCUCUCUCUCUCUCUCUCUCUCUCUCUUGUUAUAUAUAUUCAUAUAGGGUUUUAUUUUGCAAAUAAACUGCAUGCUAAAAUAUAUAUUUUAAGAUUUCAAGUAGAACCUUCUUAAUGUAAAAUUAAAUACAAUAAAUUUGCAAAAAAAAAC